GGGCAGCUUGCUAUUGGCUAAGUAUGCUGAAGAAAGGAUGUAUAAAAGCCUGUGUAACUUCCUGCUCUGGAUGCAGGAUUUGAAAUUCUAUUCUCCCUGGACCUUUUUGAAGCUUCAAAUAAACUUUUCUGCUUCUCCACCCCGUUGUGAUUAUUGGGUGAAGCACACAGGGUAACGAACCCCUACUGUUGUUUUGCCUCUCGGCACUGGGUGCCGGCAACAAUCAUCUCUUCUGCUCUCCUAGCAAGCCCCCGCGGGACCGGUCUGCCUGGGUGUCCAGCUCCCUGGUGCCCCACCACACCUGUUGCAUGCCACGCCCCCCAGGCUCUCUGGGGGCCCAGUGCUUUUCUAGGAGGGAGUGCCUGUCUCUGAUAGGGGAAAGGGAGCCAAGCCAGCCUGGGCCACUAUCUGCCUGGACUUGCUGCAGGGAGUGGUUUGAAUGUGAAGGGCUGAGGGAAGUGAGACUCCCGCUGCUCCAGGACUGGAAGGAAGGGGCUGACUCCGCUCCAGUUAACUCUUUAGUGCCUGAAGACUCUCAGUGCGGGCUUUGGGUGUGGGAAGCAAGUGGCAGGGGAGAGAGGGGGCUGAGGGGGAGGAAGCAUGCAGGGGGCCAGCCCUGCUCCCCUGAGGGCAGCUCUAAGGCCAGUCCAGUGGCUCCUGCGGAGGGUGGAGAUUUGGCAUUUCCCAAGGCCUGUGCUGCCCUGCAGACGCCGGGGCGCCAGGUGUCCGGGGCAGCCCUGGUUCUCAGCAGAGAGGUGCAUAGGUGAUCAGAGGCAUUCACAGCCAGUCAGGGGGUCUGGUUAGUGCAGGAGCUCAGGCCAUGGCUCAUUCUGCCAGUGCCUUGCACAGACUUUCCAGCUCACUCAGGGUGCAAAAUGCAUCUUGGUAUGUGACCCUCUGGGAGCUGGACUGGGUGAGACGGGGAUGCCCCUCCCCUGGCCUUGGGCUGCACGGGGCAUUGUGUGGGGAGAGGACAAAGGGUUUGCAUUUACAUGCUGCCCAGGCAGGGACACACAGGCUGUUUGUUCUGGUGCCCGCUGAGGAAUCAGAACUGGGCGUGGGGAGGAGAGAGUGGCUCCUUUCUCCUGCCUCUUCUGGUUGGGGGAGUAGCCCCGACACGCGGGGUAAGGCCCCAGCUUUUCCCUCUCUCUGACGCACGUAUGGCAGGCUUGGCACUGUGGUGUCUGAGGCCUGACCCUAGGUGCUGCAGGGCUCCCGGCCAGUGCCCAGCAUUGACCAUCUGGUCUCUCGGCUGGCCGGCCGGAGGGUGGAUCACUGCCUGGGAGCUGCUCGCACUGCAUGACAUACGGUGCCUGGGGCUUUGCACAGAGCAAGUGGUCGGCUGGGAACAGAUGGAGCCCCUAGCUGGAACCCUGCAAGGAUGCCUGGGUAGGGCUGGAGGAGGAGUCCCUGCCAGGGCAGAGGGAGCCAGGGGGUUAGUGUCUCUCUGGGCAAGUUUUGGCAGCGCCGAGGAAAGGAGGUCGAGGUUGCCGUAGUGCAGAGGAUGUGGGAGAGAUCUCUCAUCGCUGUUUUCUGUGCAGUUUCUUUUUACGAGUCAGUACGUUUCCGCUUCCUUGGCCGUAAGCUGCAGCGAAAGGUCAGGGCCCUUGUGUGAAAAAGGAAGCAAGUGCCCUAGAAAUGACGAGUGGGAGAUGAAGAGAAGAGGGCGCUGCUGAGAGAGAUAGUUGUUUGGAGAACUCCAGGCCCCGGUGUUGUCUGGAUCCGGCCCCGAGCUGCUGGAAUUGCACUUGAGACCCCGAGAUGACCCAGCCAUUCUCUUUCACCCUUUGCGUUCCGGAGAGUAGGGACGGUGCCAGCCCAGAUCUGAGCCUGGGCGAUGAGGGUGCUAUGCACAGUUCCUUCCAGCAGCUCCUCCAGGAGCAGAGCAUGCAGGAGCAGGAGCUGGAGCAGGAGCUGGAGCUGCAGGAGCUGACCGUCGGGGGCAGAGAAAACCUGGCCCAUGGGGCUGCUGCAGCCGGCCGCACUGAGGUCUGGGAGGAGCCAGAGCCGAGGGGAGAGCACCCGGAUUUCUCUUCAGCCACACUACAGAUCCUUGCCCGCAUGCCCAGCCGCACCAUCGGGCACAGCCGAGGAGCCAUUAUCUCGCAGUGCUACAACCGCACGACCAAGCUUCGCCGCCGGAGUAGCCGGCCGCCGCUGCACCAAGUGUCCCGCUCUGCACGGCCCAGCCUGCGGCAGUACGACCUGGAGCUGGACGCCGGCCAGGCAGAGCAGGAAGACACACACAGCCUGCUGGUGAAGGAGCUGCAGACCCUCUCGAGCAGCCAGAGGAACCACAUGCUGCAGGCGAUGCCCGUGAGCCUGGCAGAGAAACGCAGCCUCAGACAGGAGUUGGGUGGACACAGAAGCACCCUGAGGAAACCCGACAGGACCAGGAGGCCUUUGUCCUGCUGCGGCCAACUCAAACACAACUUCAUCACAGGGUUCCGGAGUCUCUGGGAUGGCUUCCUCUCCCUCCUCCACUCCCUCCAGCCCUGGCAUCAUUCCCUGAAGCAGAUCGGUGGCCGCUUCGGCUCCAGUGUCUUGUCCUACUUCCUCUUCCUCAAGACGCUUCUCACGUUCAAUGCCUUCUUGUUCCUGACCCUCUUGAUCUUCGUGGUAGCCACGCAGGCCAGGUACCCCCCGGCCGCUGAGAACAGCAGGCUCUUCACAGGGCUUGAGCUCCUCACGGGGGCGGGCUACUUCACUCAGACUCUGAUGUACUACGGCUACUACAGUAACUUCACCCUGAACGAGCCCUGCACCCCCGGCAGUGGGCGGUGCCAGCCUGGCAGAGGCCAUCUCCCGUACAACAUGCCGCUGGCCUAUGUGUUCACCAUUGGGGUCUCCUUCUUCAGCACAUGCAUCCUGUUGGUGUACAGCAUGUCCCGAUCCUUUGGCGAGAGCUACCGCGUGGGCAGCACGUCGGGGCACUUUGCCAUGAAAGUGUUCUGUGCCUGGGACUACAAGGUGACCCAGAGACGCUCCGUCAGGCUGCAGAACGAAAACAUCCGGACCCAGCUGAAGGAGCUGCUAGGAGAGUGGCAGUCCAAGUCCCGCCCACUGAGCCUGUGCAGGAGGCUCGGCAGGAUGGUGGUUCUCAGUCUGGCCUGGGCACUGUCCCUGGGCACCGUCCUAGGCUGUGUCAUCGCAGUGUAUUACUUCUCCGAACACCUGCUCAAGGUGCACCGGGACAGCCGAGACAGGGGGAGCAGCGAGGCCCGGCAGGAAGCCUUCCUGCUGGUGCUGCCUAUGGUGGUGUCCCUGAUGAACCUGGUGAUGCCGUACCUGUAUAACCUGCUGGCAGCCUGGGAGAAGCAGGAGUCUCCAGCGCUGGAGGUGUACGUGGCCAUCUGCAGGAAUUUGAUUCUGAAGAUGGUCGUCCUGGGCCUGCUGUGUUACCAUUGGCUGAGUCGGAAGAGGGGAUACCACUUGGAGGACGAGUGCUGGGAGACGUCUGUGGGGCAGGAGCUGUACCGCUUUGUGGUGAUGGAUUUCGUGUUCACGCUCCUGGACACUUUCCUUGGGGAGCUGCUCUGGAGGCUCAUCUUGGAGAAGAAGCUGAUGAGGAAGCAGAGGCCUGAGUUUGACAUUGCCCGGAACGUGCUGGAGCUGAUCUAUGGGCAGACCCUGACCUGGCUGGGGGUUCUCUUUUGCCCCCUCCUCCCAGCCGUCCAGAUCCUCAAGCUGGUGCUCCUGUUCUACAUCAAGAAGGUAACGGUCGUCCCCACCCACCGGUCUUCGGCUCCCAGCUGCUGUUCGGCCUCAGCCAGUGCUGCAGCUGCAAUCACGCUGUCCAGAGCCGGGGGGUCUAGAGGCUGGACUGGGGGAAAGGUCUCUGUCCAGUUCUAUAUUCAGCUCUGUCCAGAAACAGAGGAGAGCUCCCUGGGAAGGGAGGGGUCAGACAGGCGUUCCUCACCUGCACCAGUUCUCGCCCUCUCCGUUUCUAUUUGCAGCAGUGGCCUGGGACUCCCUGGGCCCAGAGAACAUCUGUCCUGUGUGCCGGCCGAUGGGGGGUUGUUACGCUCGGGUCAGAAGUUAGUAGCUGGUUUAACUCUGUAUCUCCAGACCAGCCUGAUGAAGAACUGCCAGUCUCCCAGCAAGCCGUGGCGCGCAUCUCACAUGAGCACUGUCUUCAUCACCCUCCUGUGCUUCCCCUCGUUCCUGGGCGCCGCGAUCUUCCUCUCCUACACCAUCUGGGCAGUGAGACCAUCCAAAACAUGUGGCCCGUUCCGGAUGCAGGAGACCAUCUACGAGUCAGGGAAGACUUGGGUUCAAGAGCUGGAGAAAUCCAGCCCUAACAUCGCCUGGUUCACCUGGAUCCACAAACACCUGGUGGGAAAUACCUUCUUCCUGUUCUUUGUGUCCGGAGUCCUGCUAGCUGUGAUCUACCUCCACAUCCAGGUGGUGAAAGGCCAGCGGAGAAUCAUCCGCCUGCUGAAGGAACAGAUUGCCAACGAAGGGGAAGAUAAGAUAUUUCUCAUUCAGAGGCUUCAGUGCAUUUAUGGGAAGCAAGAGACGCAUCCUUGCGUGCCAGGAGUCCCUUGGAAGGAGCUGAAUGCGUGACCAGGACUUUCCCUCUGGCCGCAGCCUCCCGUUGGAGAGACCGGAGCCGGCAAUGGACUUUACAGGGCUGCGCUGAGAGAUGCAGACAUAUCACUGAGAAAACCAGUCUCCUGCUGGUGCUGGCACCCAGGCCCUGCCCUACAGCUGCACUGGCGUGUUAUCUUUGGGUGAAAACCUCCGCUCCUAUCAUGUACUGGUGCUUGUAACUCUGUCUCUCCAGGGAAGGCUGCCGAGACCUUGCCUUCCAUCAGGGCACAGGGUCCAGAAGCCAUGCGGGCGGUCGGGCACUGCUGGAGCCGAGCACACCUGGUGCCAACGGGCUCUAAAAGUGAGGGCCCAAACCAGCCUCUCGUCUGACAGUGGGACGUUUAACGCUGCUGGGCCUUCAGCUGGUGUCUGCGAAGCCACCAGACCCCAACCUGGCUGUCCCAGCAGCUGGGUGGUUUUCAGGAAGCCCUUCCCCUGGGGACAUGUUAGCUCUGUUACUAUUAAAACCACGCUCCCUCUUUCUAAGCUCCGAGUU